AUGGAAGCACCACCUGUUCAAAACAUUCAAAAAAUUGAAUUGUAUUCUGGCAAGUAUUAUCUUACAUGUGCUUAUGGAGGUAUUUUAGCGUGUGGUUUAACGCAUACAUUAGUUACACCUCUUGACCUUGUAAAAUGUCGUAGACAGGUUGAUACAAAGCUUUAUAAAGGAAAUUUUGAUGGAUGGAGUAAAAUUUAUCGAACAUCAGGAGUUGGUGGAUUGUAUACUGGAUGGUUACCAACAUUUAUCGGAUAUUCAUUCCAAGGAGCAGCCAAAUAUGGAUUUUAUGAAGUUUUUAAGAAAAAAUAUUCGGAUUUGGCUGGUGAAGAGACUGCAUUCAAAUAUCGUACUGGCCUUUAUUUAGCUGCUACAGAUAUUGCAUUAUGUCCAUGGGAAGCAUUAAAAGUUAGAAUGCAAACAAGCACACAACCAUUUGCUAGUCUUACACCUCUCUGGAGUAGACAAGUUCCAUAUACAAUGAUGAAAUUUGCUAGUUUUGAAAAAACUCAACUUGGUAAACCAAAAGAAGCCUAUAAUAAACUUGAACAGCUGGGAGUUUCUUUCCUUGGUGGAUAUAUUGCCGGUGUUUUUUGUGCUAUUGUUAGUCAUCCAGCUGAUACUCUUAAUAAUAUAUCUAAAGCAGAAGGAGAUUCAACGUUUGCACUAACAGGUCGCAUAUUAAAAGAUUUAGGAUUUCUUGGUGUUUGGCGAGGACUUGGUACUCGUGUGAUUAUGAUUGGUACAUUGACGGCUUUACAAUGGCUUAUUUAUGAUUAUGUGAAGGUGUAUGCUGGAUUACCAACUACUGGAAACGUUAAUUUUAAUAGAACGGAUGAUUUAAUAAAAGUGGUACCAAAGAAAGAUACAGGAUCUUCUUAUAUUACAGAAACACAAGAUGAUGAUAUUCAAUGGCUUCUUUAUUCGUAUGGACUAGAUUUACAAGAUGAUGUUGAAAGAUUAAUUUAUGAGAUUGAUGAUGAAUGA